CAGGUGGCGGUAGAUCUUUAACGGCAAUCUUAGAUAAUCUAUAGCCGUGUGACAAUCACAGAUCAUAUAAGUAAAGUGACAAUUAACGUAUCUGUUAUAGGUUAUAUUAUCUAUUUAAUAUAAAAAUAAAAUUAUCACUCGAUUAAGUGGAUUAAGUUCAAUACGUUCAUCAGCGAGUGAACGUAGCUGCAUUAAAGACAUCGACUGUGAAAUUACCGUUCUUAAUUUUAAUGAUGGUAAAAGUUGAAUGGAUCUGCAUUGUACCAGGCUGUAAAUCAAAUUCAAGGACUCCUGGUCAUUUUUUCCCAAAGAGUCCAAUAUUAUCAGAAAAGUGGAAAGAAGCUGUAAAUAAUAGUAUAAUUUUAAAUAUCUCAUCAGAAGAAUUAAGAAAAUAUAGAGUAUGUCACUUGCAUUUUUUACCUGAAGAUUAUAUUUAUACUCAAAAUCGUCGAAGACUGAAACAUAAUGCAGUACCUAGUGUAAAUACAUAUAAUACGCAGACAGUUACAGAUAGUACAGAAAUAAAUGAUGCAAAUAGAGAGACAAAUGAUGCAAAUACAGAAAUAAAUGAUACAACUGACAUACAGUUGCAUUCACAAUCUGAAACAAAUACUGAAUUACAUUUACAAUCUCAAACCAGUAAUACAGAAAUAAAUGAUACAAUUGACAUACAGUUGCAUUCACAAUGUAAAACAAAUACUGAAUUACAUUUACAAUCUCAAACCAGUAAUGAACCUGGACCUUCCACAAGUAAUUUUAUAUGUGCAGAAACAAAUAUGCAAAACGACCAAAAUAAUAUCACAAAUAAGGUUAUUAGUCCAUCACGAAUAUCAAGAAAUAUACUUGGAUCUGUUACAAGACAACGUUUAACACCAAAAGCACAAAAAAUAUAUAAGAAAGCUGUAACAUUAGCGAAGGAAAGAAACCGAAUGAAAAGACAAAUAAUAGAUUAUAAAACACGCCUAAAAGAUGCAAAAAAGUUAUCAAAUACUCAAUUUUGUAAAAAGUUUAACAGUUUAACUCCAACGCAAAAAUUAUUUUUCAAUAUGCAAUUACGAAAUACAAAAUAUGCUCCAAAGGUACAUUUCAAAACAUUAUUUAAUGAAUUAAAAUCUUCAUUAGAAUCAAUAUGUCCUGAACGUAGUUCACAAUAUUUCAGUAAUAUAUAUUUUGAUUCAGAAACAUGCAAUAAUGUAAAUUUGCAUUUGUAAAUAGUGUGAUUUGUAAAUAUUUCUUUUAUAUUAUAUUAUAUAUUAUUAUUAUAUUAUUAUAUAUUAUUAUUAUUAUUUCUGUGUGCUAUUUUGUUAUAUAUAGGGAAGAAGAUUUACACUUGAAAAAAUUUUAGCAUUGUCGCUGUAUAAACAAUCUGGAUCUUGUUAUAAAUUAUUAUCAAAAUUAUUUGUUUUACCAAGUGCUACAACUCUAAAAUGUUUGCUACGAACAAUUUCUUUACAACCAGGAAUUAAUAAAUUUAUUUUUGAGCAUCUUCGGCAACAUAUAGCACAAAUGAAAAAUGAAACAGACAAAUUAUGUAUAUUAAUGUGGGACGAGAUGUCAUUAGAAGCCAAUUUGCAAUAUGACCAAUUGAAUGACAGAAUAAUUGGUUUUGAAGAUUGGGGACAUAGACGUACAUCACUGAUAGCCGAUCAUGUUUUGGUUUUUAUGUUAAUUAGAUGCAUAAAAGAAAUUAUAAAAGAAUUAUCUCAAGCUGGUUUGACAAUAAUUGCAACUGUAUGCAACCAAGGGGGACCAAAUAUGACAUCCAUUAAGAAACUUCUCGAGGAUUCAAGAAGUAAAUGUAUACAAAAAGGUCAAGAAUAUCGAAGUUUUAUUGAACUUUUUGGGCAAAAUAUUGUACCUAUCUAUGAUCCACCGCAUCUUUUAAAAGGAAUCCGUAAUAAUUUAUUACUUAAAAAUUUGGAAAUUAAUGCCACUAAUUCAGGAAAAAAGGAACGACAGUUUGCAUCAUGGGACAUCAUUGAUCAGGCAUAUAAAAUGGAUAUUUACACAAAUACAUUAAAUCGUCAAUUGCCAAAAUUAACCGAUGAACAUGUUAUUAGAUCAAAAAUAAAAAAGAUGAAAGUUAAAUGUGCUGCUCAAAUUUUUAGUGCAAGAUUAUCAGCAUAUAUUGAAUACAACAGCAAAAUCAAAGGAGGAUUUAUCGAGACACAGAUUGGUCCACUACAAAUACCAAAGGCAGGAUAUGACACAGCAAUAGUAUUAGAUUUUUUCAACAAAGUUUUUGAUUCCGUGAACGCUCAUACUUUGCAUCCAGAGACUCCUUUACGUGUUGCGGUAACAAAAAAUAGCAAACACCAUGAUUUUUGGCCACAUGCUACUAAAUUAUUGUCCGACAUGCGAUAUGUAGAUCCGAAUACUAAGCAACCAGUUAAGUGCAUACCGUCAUUAAAAAAUUGGAUUUUUACUCUACGUGGAUUUCAGAACAUAUGGAAAAUAGUUGAUAACGCAGGUAUAAAAUUUUUAAAGACAAGAAAUAUUAAUCAAGAUCCACUAGAAAACUUUUUUGGUAUGAUUCGUAGUCACGGACGUAGAAAUAUUAAUCCUUCGUGUAGCCAAUUUUGUGGAUCAUACAAAACAUUAUUAAUUAAUAAUUUAACAUCAAAACGGUCUAUGGGCUCUAACUGCGAAGAUAAAAAUGACGGUAAUUUAUUAUUUAAUUUAAAACAAUUUGUGAAAAACGUUUCUCAUGUAAAUAAUGCAUCAGAACAAAUAGUUGAAGAAGACUCUGUAGCAUUCCAAAAUAACACAAUAAUACAUAACAUCUCAUCACAUAAAAAUAAUAGUCAAAUGUAUGUUUCUGGUUGGAUUGCAAAAAAGAUUUUAUCUUUGAAACAGUUUAAAAAUUGUUUAGAGUGUAAACAGAGUCUUCUAACAACAGAUAUAACAUCUGAAGAAUAUGUGCAACUAGUUCAUAGAGAAUAUGUACGAGAGAAACCUUCUUUAACUUAUCCAUCAAUAACUUUUUUCAAACACGCAUUUAUUAAAGCCGAUUCUAUUUUAAAUAAAAAUAUUUCUUUCUUAUUUCGCAGAAAUGUUUCUACUUUGUUAUAUACACUUUUAAACGAUAAAUUAAGUUUAGAUUUUAUACGUUGUAAUAAACAUAAAGAAGAAUUAAAACAUGUUGUAAUACAAAAAAUUACAAAACUAUUUUUAUAUACAUUUUGUAAAAUAGUCAAUAGAAUUUUAUCUGGUCGUGACACUCGAUAUGUUUCUACAAAUAUAAUAUUUCAGCAAGCUAUUGAACAUUAUAAAAAGAAGCAAAAGCGAUUUAUAAAAAAAAUGUAAAUAUUUUGACAAUAUAUCAAAUACAAUAUAUUAAAUAUUUAUAGUAA